AUGAAUAAAAAAAUAGCCACAUUAAGAUUACCACCUUUACCAACUAUAAGAGAGUUAUUGAAAAUAUAUAAACUAAGGGCCAUGAAACAGCUUUCUCAAAACUUCCUCUUAAAUGAAAAUUUAACAGACAAAAUAAUAAAAAAGGCAGGAAAUCUUGGUGAAUAUCAUGUAUUAGAAAUUGGUCCUGGUCCUGGUGGAUUGACACGAUCAAUUUUAAAAUAUCAACCAAGAAAAUUAAUUGUUGUAGAAAAAGACAAAAGAUUUCAACCUACAUUAGAAAUGUUAGCAGAUGCUUUUGCAGCAGUUAAUGGAAAAAUGGAGAUUAUUUUUGAUGAUAUCAUGAAAAUAAAUUUAAAUAAUGUUUUCCCUAUGACUGAAGCAAAACCUUGGUCAGAUACAACUCCAAAAAUUAAAUUAAUUGGUAAUUUACCAUUUAAUGUAUCAACACCUCUAAUAAUAAAGUGGUUACAUGCAAUCAGUGAAAAAAGAGGUCCUUGGGAAUUUGGAAGAACUAGAAUGACAUUAACAUUUCAAAAAGAAGUUGGUGAGCGUUUAGUAGCUCCACCAAAGAGUAUACAAAGAUGUAGAUUAUCUGUAAUGGCACAAGCCUGGACAUGUCCAGUAAUGCAUUUUGUUAUACCUGGUACAGCCUUUAUUCCCAAACCAGAAGUUGAUGUUGCACUUAUAACAUUUGUACCACUAACUGUCCCACGUACACAACAUGAAUUUAAAAUUUUCGAAAAAGUAACACGACAUAUUUUUAGUUUUCGUCAAAAAUAUAGUAUACGAGGUAUUGAAACAUUAUUUCCUCUGGAAAAUCGAACCGAGUUGGGACAAAUGAUGUAUAAACUUUCUGAUUUGAACCCAGAAACAAGACCAAUAGAACUAACAGUAGAAAAUAUUGAUAAACUUGUUAGUGCAUAUAAAUAUUUAUUAGAAAAACAUCCACAUAUAGGGUUAUACGAGUAUCGUGCAUCUCGACGCAUAGUAUCAUUAUCUCAUGCAAAGCAUAUAGAAGUUGCAGAAUGUACAGAAUUAUAA